AUGUCAGGCGCCGCUAUAAGUAAGCUAAGGGAAAUUGAUGAAGCAAGGAGGCGGAUCAAGGCAGUGGCAUUCACACACACCACUAUCGAGGAAUUAAGAGAAAUCAAAAGUUGGCUCAAUGAGGGGCUUGUAAAAUUAUUUAAAGAGCUGGACUUUGAAACCGAAACGUUCGUUGACCUCACUAAAAAAGAUCUCUUGAAUAAAUUCAAAGGCAUUACUACCAAGUAUGAUUUCGAAGCCUACGACUGCUUAAUUGUCUGCAUCAUGAGUCACGGGGAUAAAGACUAUUUCUUUGCCGGCGAUAGAAAGGAGAUCAAAAUCCAAAGCAUCCAACAAAAGUUUAAUAACAAAAACUGCAAGGCACUUUGCGGAAAACCCAAGCUUUUUUUUAUUAACGCCUGUCGAGGAAAAACUGCUGAUCCUGGAACAGAAGUCAAGGAAAGUGGGUCCAAAUCGUUAGUAAAAUCUCAACCUCCGCCAGAGCCAGAAGCCGACAUUGCUGUCGAGAAUAGUGAUAGGGAAACUACGGCAGAAAAUGCGGAUAUGCUCACUGCAUUCGCCAGCGUUGAGGGGUACUCCUCUCAUCGUCAUGAAGAGGAAGGGAGCUGGUUCAUUAGCAGCUUGAUAAAGGUUUUUAAAGAAAAUGCUGGUGUGGAGGAUGUGAUGGRCAUGCUGACUCUAGUGAAUAAAGAAGUGAAUUCUAAAGGAAGACUGGGGAGUAAGCAAGUUCCAGAAUCAAAAAACACUUUGACUAAAAAAGUAUAUUUUUGGCCAGGAAUGACAUUUAAAUAAUAUUGAAAUUUGAACAGUCAGGYUGUCGUGUUGCUCCAUUCAUUCUUCUUAGAACUAUCAAACGUCCUGUAGGAACUGCUAACACUGUAAUUUUCCCUUAUUAGGCCUAUUCGUAUAGGAAAUUGCACGAUCUCGAGAAAGGCUCGUGCAAUUACAUGAACUUUCAAAACA